UUAUUUGACCUACGUUGACGUUCACACUAAAAACUAAAAAGGCUUCAGUUUCAGUAUUGCUUUAAGUUAGAAUAAUGAAUAAUGAUUCUUAAUUAAAAACUAAUUGAAUCUACUUAUUUGUAAAUAAUUUAUUAUGAAAUUAAUUAAGGCAAUUAAACGGUUUAGUAGUGCCCCACCUCUAAUAUUUAAUGUACAGUUUCAACAUGGUUUAAGUGAAUAUCAAGCGCGUCGUCAUAGUUAUAGUGCCACUGUCGGUUGUAUUCAGAACUCUAACAAGGAGUUUCACCCUAUUGUUAUAAAUGUACGAAAUUUAGGGCUUGGCCCAACUUCUAAAGACUUUGAGGAAUCCCCUCAGUUAUCAAGCCCGCUAACAAAAGUACACGCAACAGAACUUGUUCUUCAUCUUAAAGAUGAUGAAAGAAAAAUAUUACUGAAUGCAUUAAAAGAAUAUGAAUCAAACAUAAUUAAAGAAGAAUUUGAAGACAAAUUGGCUGGUCAGCGAUGGAGGAGUAAACUUGGCAGACCCAGCAAAGUACCAACAUUGGGUGAUGUAGACCCAACUGGUACCUAUUGUCCUGUACCGGAAGAUUGGCUUAAAAAGAAAUAUGCUGCUACAGUACCGAAACCAACAACAAAGGAGCUGAUACAUUUAUCAUUGGCAAACUCAAUACCUUUUAUUGGAUUCGGAUUCUUAGAUAAUUUUAUUAUGAUAAUUGCAGGGGACCGCAUCGAGAGUAGCAUGAGUGCUUACAUCACACUGUCGACGAUGGCAGCUGCUGCUCUAGGUAACACUUUCAGUGACGUCAUUGGCAUCGGUUCAUCUUACUACGUGGAGCGCGCGGCUGCGUUGCUGGGCUUCGGGGCUCCCGCCCUCUCACCUGUGCAGCUAGAUAUGCCCGUCAGUAGGAGAUUUGCUAACUUGGGCCGUGUCUUAGGAAUUACACUGGGCUGCUUCCUCGGUAUGAUCCCGCUUCUUUUUAAAGACGACGAGAAGAAGGAGUCCGUUCAACAGUGACCCUCUCAGCGCCUAUUUUUUACAAUGUGAUAUAGAUUGAUAAACUCAGUUUUAUGCUAUAUUUUACUGAAAACUAUUUACCGUUCAUGUUUCUUCUAUUUUAUAGAUUUAUGAAUUUAAGUCAGAUAAUGAAAAAUAUUUCAUUCAGAUCAAGUUAUGCUUGCCUUAGAGUCGGCAAUACUAAAUACUAGUCAUAAGUUAUGAUUAUUAAAGCUUCUGCAAUUUAUUAUUAAUAUAUUGUUUGACCGUAACUUGACAUAAAAUAUGUCUUUUUCUAUCCUGCUGUUAUAUAAUUUGUUUUUAUUAUAAUCAAUAACACAAGUCGAUUUUUGAUUUUCCUCUAUGUCUAUGACGGACAACUGCUAAUAAUAAACUAUGGGAUUACCACAACAGUAACCCAUGAGAA